AUGGCCUCUGAGCCCAACACUAUAAGAAUUGGCUAUGUCCCAGAGCAUUAUUUAGCUCCUCUCCACCUCGCUGUUCACAGCCCAGAGGCUUCUUCUCUUCCAUUUAAAAUCGCAUUGAUUUCCUUCCCGUCCGGAACAGGCCACAUGAUAACAUCCUUAAGACAGAAUGAGAUUGACGUUGCCAUAGGCCUGACUGAAGGCUGGGUUGCAGGCCUAGUUGGCAAACAACAGCUGGAGAAGGGAGAAAAAGAUGGGGGUUACAAGCUUGUUGGCCAAUGGGUUGAUACCCCCUUGAGGUGGGCCAUUGUUACGGGACAUGACAGGAACGAGAUCCAGAGUGUCAGUGACCUCAAAGGUGGCCGAGUUGGGGUGUCCCGCCUGGGCAGUGGCUCUCAUAUUAUGUCCUUCGUCCUGGCCCAACAGCAAAGUUGGCCAUCCACAUCACCCCUUAACCCCACCAUCCUAGGGCCGUUCCCGUCCCUACGAGAUGGAGUAACAGGGCAUAAUCCCGAGCAGCCAGAUGCUCAACCAAACCCCUCGGCAGAUUUCUUCAUGUGGGAACACUUUACCACAAAGCCAUUUUUUGAGCCAACUACCGCUUACCCGAAGCCGCCGUUGAAAAAGAUUGGAGAGAUCUUUACCCCUUGGCCGUCCUGGCAGAUCGCAGCUUCGACCUCUACUUUCCCAUCUCCAGAAUCGGACAGCCGACUCACACAACUGUUCAAUCUUCUGGAUUCGGGUAUUUCCACAUUCCGGGCUGAUUCAGAAAAGGUGGUUCAACAGCUUGGAACUGGCGAGUUCGGUUGUACUUACUCGGAGUCAGAUGCUAAGGAGUGGCUUAAGGAUGUGCGGUUUGUUAAAGGGAGUACCCGAGGUGCUGACAAAGGUAUGAUCCAAAGCGUCAUCAACAUACUGAAAACUGCUGGAGUGGUCCCAGAAGACAUCAGUAACGAUGAAGCGGCCAAUAGAGUGAUUGGUAUCCAAGCUAGUCAGUAG